AGCAUGGAAGUUACGGCAUUUCAUCAGCUGUGAUUGUGAUAGAAUUUUGUGUGGAAAAGAAUUGUGUGUAAAAAGCGAAAAAUUUAUGUAAAAAUGAUAACUUGUAAUCGCAUAAAUUUGCACAUUUUACGUAAAGUAUCAAUUAAAAGUGUAACACAACAGCCUCUGCUGGCAAUCGAGAAUAUUGGAAACAGCAGACAAAACACAAAGUCCUGGACCAGCCUCAGUUUAACAAAUGGAAAUUUCUUAUUGCAAAGACAGCUGGAGCAACAACAACAACACCAGACAAGUAAAAUACAACGUAACUUUUAUACCUCACAAAAAUUAAAUGCCAAGGAUUACUAUCAAACACUGGGAGUGGCUAAAAAUGCCUCGGCUAAAGACAUAAAAAAGGCCUACUAUCAAUUGGCUAAGAAGUAUCACCCUGAUACGAAUAAGGACGAUCCCGACGCCGGUCGCAAGUUUCAAGAGGUUUCUGAAGCCUAUGAAGUCUUGAGUGAUGACACAAAAAGACGGGAAUAUGAUACAUAUGGCCAAACUUCAGAAAAUAUGGGUCGCCAGGGAGCAGGAGGUUUUGGCGGACAUGGUCCUCAAGGAUUUUCACAAAAUUGGCAAUUUAGAUCGUCCAUAGAUCCAGAAGAAUUAUUCCGUAAAAUAUUUGGUGAAGGAAAUUUCCGUUCCAAUUCAUUUGAUGAUUUUGCCGAGUCACAAUAUGGUUUUGGCCGCUCCCAAGAAAUGGUAAUGGAUUUGACAUUUGCCCAAGCUGCUAGAGGUGUCAAUAAAGACAUCAAUGUGAAUGUGGUGGACACCUGCAAUAAAUGCAAUGGCAGCAAAUGUGAACCGGGUACCAAACCAGGCAAAUGUCAAUAUUGUAAUGGCACAGGUAUGGAAACCAUAUCGACUGGCCCCUUCGUCAUGCGCUCCACAUGCCGCUAUUGCCAGGGCACACGGCAAUACAUUAAGUAUCCUUGUGCCGAAUGUGAGGGUAAGGGACAAACAGUGCAAAGAAGAAAAGUAACAGUACCAGUGCCGGCUGGCAUUGAAAAUGGACAAACUGUUCGCAUGCAAGUGGGUAAAAAGGAACUAUUCAUUACGUUCCGUGUCGAGCCUAGUAAAUACUUUAAACGUGAGGGUGCCGAUGUUCAUACCGAUGCUACCAUUUCCCUGUCACAGGCAGUCUUGGGAGGCUCAAUACGUGUCGAAGGCGUCUAUGAAGAUCAAUGGCUAAAUAUAGAACCGGGCACUUCAUCACAUCACAAAAUUUUCCUCAGAGGCAAAGGUCUGAAGCGUGUAAAUGCUCACGGCCACGGUGACCACUAUGUAAAUAUUAAAAUAGAAAUUCCUAAAAAAUUAACCAAAGAACAAAAAGAGUUAUUACAACGUUAUGCUGAAUUAGAAACAAAUACACCGGGUUCGAUACAUGGCUUGGCAAAUCGACAAGAUGGCAGCAAGAAAGCAACUUCAAGCUCUUCACAAAAUUCCACAAAAAGUGAAACCGAGUCACCAUCUUCGUCAGCACAAUCUUCUACAACACCGAAAUCGUCUUCAAAAGAAGAGGAAGAUAAAAAAGAUAAAGAUUCAGGCAUGUUUUCGAAACUAAAAUCCAUGUUUAAUUAAUUAAUCUUAAUUAAUUGGCUGUUUUUUAAUUAGUAAUUUUGUUUUGUUAAAAUUUUGUGUAUUUUAUCCCCUUCCUCAACAGCUGUUAAGAAUUUGCAAGAAGUUUGUAGAACAAAUGCCUCCCAACUAAGUUCGAUUUUUUUUUAUAAAAUGUUAAUUUUAUAAAAAAGUAAAUAAAUAAAUAAAAGAACAUGUUAUGUUAUAAUUGUUAGUUAUUUUACAUUAAAAAAAUAACAAUAAAUAGACAAAAUGAUAAAACAAA